AUGUCCGCCUUAUUAGGUGCUGGGUAUGAUUCCAGCGACGACGACGCCACAGCUGUGCCCACUCCUGUGACGACCGCAACCAAGAUCGUUGCUGCACCAGAAGUCAAUACAGAGGUUUGGUCACCCCGGUUCACUUUCUUCCCUGCAAUUAAUCGGUCUUCGCGCCUCAGUCAUGAUGUACAGAUAAGACUAACGUCCCUACAGGACCAAGCGCAUAUGCAGAUGACUCUCGCCAACGCCUCCUCUCAAGCCCUCACAUUCAAUGCCACAUACGAUGAUCUCACAAGGCCCUCCCAGGGUCCCAUGAACCCGUUCAAACCAGCGGGCCCGGGAAAUGGUAUUAAAAGGAAGAAUGUCCCUACUGGGUUUGCUGAAGAAGCAGCUAUUAGCGAGUCCACAUUUGCUGCGCAACAUCGGACUUUCCAGAGUUUGGGAUACACGCGCAACCCGACACGACCAGAUCAGUUCAUCGGCAAUCUCGAUAAUGUUGCCCAAUACGGAGGUCGGGAUAUUGUGCAAAUGAAGCCGACCAAGAGCGCAUCCGCAAACUGGCGGACAAAACGCCAAAAGAAGGGCGAUUCCAGCGUUGUGGAAGGUGAUGGUGCAUACCUGGGACCUUGGGCAAAAUAUCAAAAUGACCAGCAAUAUGACUAUGUGGAGGUUGAGGAAGGUGAUGAGCGCCCCCUUGGUAGCGACGAGGAAUAUGUCGAAGAAGACGAGACUCUGACUACCACGGAGCCCAUGCCCGCCAUGAGCAAGGAUGCUACCGACUACGAGGGUGACUCUUCCAAGCAAGAGACUACCGAGUUCCACGGCUCAGAGCAGUACGACUACCAGGGCCGGACGUAUAUGCACGUGCCCCAGGAUCUGGAUAUCGAUUUGCGCCAAGAGCCUGGCACCACCAAGAACUACGUGCCAAAAAAGCUCGUUCAAACCUGGAAGUCACACACCAAGCCGAUCACGUCUCUUCGGUUCAUCCCCAACUCCGGCCACUUGCUGCUCUCAUCGGCAGCAGAUGGAAAGGCCAAGCUCUGGGAUGUGUAUCACUCUCGGGAGCUCUUGCGCACUUUCUCCGGCCACAGCAAGGCAAUCUCCGACACAGACUUCCACCCCUCAGGGAAGACUUUCCUUACAGGCUCAUACGAUCGACAAAUCAAGCUCUGGGAUACCGAAUAUGGCAAGUGCCUUGGCCGGUUCUCCACUGGCAAGACACCACAUGUCGUCCGUUUCAACCCUGGCGCAGAUCACUCACACGAGUUCCUCGCUGGUAUGUCCGACAAGAAGAUUGUCCAAUUCGAUACCCGGUCUGGCGAGUUGGUCCAAGAAUACGACCACCAUCUGGCAGCUGUCAACACCCUCACUUUCGUCGACGACAACCGUCGCUUCAUCUCCACGUCAGACGACAAGUCACUCCGUGCCUGGGAAUACGGCAUCCCGGUCCCGAUCAAGUUCAUCGCAGAGCCCUACAUGUUUGCGCUCACCCGCGCAGCCGCCCACCCGAAUGGCAAAUAUGUCGCUUUCCAGUCUGGUGACAACCAGAUUGUCGUCUAUGGCGCAACAGACAAAUUCCGCCAGAACAGAAAGAAGCGCUUUGUUGGACAUAAUACUUCCGGAUACGCUGUGGACCUCAAGAUCUCUCCUGAUGGUCAGUUCCUUGCCUCUGGUGACAGCGGUGGCUAUGUCUGCUUCUGGGAUUGGAAGACUGGCAAGAUGUACCAUAAGAUCCAGGCAGGUGGGAAGGAAGGCGGCGCUAUUACUUGUCUCGACUGGCAUCCCCAGGAAUCGAGUAAGGUUGUCACUGGUGGAUUGGACGGUACUAUUAGAUAUUGGGAUUAA